AUGCUACCUCUGUCUUCACUCAACCUGGCCGAGGAGCCUAAAGAUGCUAAUUUCAUUACGCCCGACCAGUGUGUCGCCUAUAUCAAGUUUAUCACGGCCCUUGGUCGCUUGCGGAUGAACAUCGCCAGCCAAGAUGGUAUCUUUGGGCUCUGGGAUGAAGACACAGCUCAAUUUGGUAACAGCAAUGAAGUCCUCGCCCGGAUCAGAGAGAAACGCUGGGCCGUAUAUACCGCACGCGCGGUUGACCGGUACACGAAAUGGUGGGAUGCAUGUCUUCCCACGGCCAAUCCGAUGCCAACAAUGGCAGACAUGCGCAAGAGCACGUUUGGCCGGAUCUUACGUCCUGAUAAUGAGGUGGUAUGGCUGGAGAAAUACCUCCCACCACUGGGUAAGCUCCUAACAUAUGUUUCUAUUGUUUUGAGGCUGAUAUGUCAUGUAGAUGUGUUAAUGGUCUGGCAUAGUCAUAUGCUCAACCCGUGGGAAUAUCUUGAGGAUUGUAUCCGACAUGGUAAAGUGAGCACUUGGGCGAGCAAAUUUCCCUGGGAAAUGAUCAAUCGCAGAAUCGACGACCACACAAUACAAUAUAUUGCCACCGAGGAAGCUCAAGCUUCCUUUGAGAGUCUUCUCGCGUUGAAAUGGGAUAACUUGGAUGAUCCACUGAACACUAUGAUCGCAUGUCCCAGUUGUAACAAACCCAUUACCGUCGACUGGACCACUCGAAACUGGAUCAAAGGCAGCUCUGACAUCGAUACUGCCUUUGCGAGCUGCACCGGCCUUGCUGACAAGAGCUUCCGGGUAGUCUGCCCGACUGCACAUUGUCAGCUCUCAACCGACCAUGACCGACUCAAACUGGCGAAGUUGCACAAGGACAUUCGAGCCCUGGUGCACGAGGAUGUAUCACUGCGAGGAUCAUACUAUAAUCUAAACGGCAUCCUCACAGUAUCUUCUGCCCAGCAAAGAAGAAAAUCCCCUCUAUUCCCCAGCGAGCUUUUUAAGAUCCUUUCACUAGAGCUGCUGGCGUUUACGGACCCGAAACAAGACAUAUGUCGCAAAAUCACCAAUCUGCACAGCUAUUUGGAGACCAAGCUGCGCGAUCAGGCAACUCUGGACCGUGCAUACCGGGAAGUUACUGUGUGUGUUAUCGGCUCUCCAGAGAAAAAAUAUCUCAACCGCAUGCUUUCACGGUACUGGGACACCUCGACCCCAUUCAGUUUGGACCUUGUCGGUGCCGUGGUUCGGCAAGGCACGUUUACGCAGCACAUAGAUCACCUAGAUUGGGUGCAUUCGCCAGAUAUCUUUGCCAUCGCAGACAGGCUAGUGAAUAAAUACUCAGUUUUCUUCAGCAUCGAGAAAAAGAACCCAAAACAGAUGGCUGUACCUACGUUGGAUGCGGACAUCGCAUGGCAUACACAUCUCCUCUCUCCGGCAAAAUACUACGCCUACAGCAGCACAGCGACGACAAAGCCCCGUCUUUUCAGCCAUGAUGACCCUGUCGACCCCUGGCAGAUGCAUCUAGCAUUUAUCGAGACGAGCAGGGAAUACCGCAAAGCCACAUCUGGAGCGAUCUACAGCGAGUGUGUCUGCUGGUACUGCGCAACCAUUGUCCAGAACGAUCUAUAUGAGAGCUCCAUGCCCAGCGCCUCAAAGGGGCGCGCCCGAAAAGCAGCUGACGCGCUGUAUGGACAGGGAGAUAUCUCGUCAAAUGCAUGCUGCGGCCCUCAUAUUUCCGCUCAUAACGCCAUUGCCAGGAGCAACAUGUCCUCGCCCGCCCGACCCUAUGAGCGACAUCGCCCGAACUAUCAGCAGCAGAUGGAAAAUGUACGACGGUUGACGUUGUCCCGGAGUCUUGAAAAGGCCUGCCAGCGACUGCAAAAGGGCAAGAUUUCCGUUAACGCCGCCGCAGCCGCGGAUCUUAUGACUGCUCCAGUGUCUGUCUGGGGAUAUCAAGUGGAUGUGGGCUUCUAUGCGCCCUACAUGGCAGAUCCAGGCAUUCAUGCAGAUCUGUAUGCUCAUGAUCCCCGGCUCCAGUGCCCAGAACUACAAGGGAAGAAGGUCAUCAAUAACGAAUGA